CGCGGAUUAUUCCAACUCUGUUCCUUUCGAUUAUCAACAACCAAGUCUGCAUAUCACUUUUCAAUAGACGACGAGCGCUCGACGCACUGCGCGAUGUUCAUUCCGAUGGACUGUCUUGCUCGUCCCGUCUGAUGGACAGACUCUCCUGCCAGAAUAUCCGGAACUAGAUUGUCGCCAGUAUUCGCCCGAGGCAACUCGCCGAGCUAAUACAGCUUUCUCAUGUCGACCACGUCCAGCGCUCAAGCGGGGCCGAGCGUGCCUAGACAGGCUCCCAAUCUCGUAACAUCAGCUGGUCCGUCAACACGCAUCAAGGAUAGAGAGGGCAAGCGACAAUCAGACCCAAAAAAGCGACGGAAAAAUGCUCUAGGAUGGAAGCGGUAUGCGAGUGCCGAGGAGAUACAGCGUGCAUUCAAAGCAUUUGGGGAGCAUUGUGCUCGUAAUCAGGUAAGACAGCAGACUCGCAGGGAGUAUCGCUGAGGAAAUGACAAAGAUUCGAGUCCUGCUCAUCGAUUGUUUGGUCAUGACCAACCUAUUCUAUCCAGCUCUGUCCAUCUAUUUACAGCAAAAGUUCCCGCCCUUACAUCCGCCGGCACCGCCGUCUCACAACGCUCAUCGAUAUUCAUCGUCUUCUGGGUCAAAACGGAGAGUGACGAAAGAGCAUCCAUUAUCUUUACUCAGUACACCAUGGCUUGAUACAUUCUUCCCGUAUCCGCCACCUCUGCUACCGCGAUUGACAUGGGAGAGUUGGUGGUCUCCGGAUCCAGGACAAGAGACAACGUUAGGCUGGUCAGGUAGCGAGCUGAAGUCACAGCUAGAGGAUGACGAAGUAAAGUUAUUGCGAGUCGGAUGGACAGAUGUAGGAGGAAUUUUGGAUCAUGACGAGACGGGAACAUGGAAUGAGCAUGACGAUGUGGUCCUCGACUUGAUCCGUUCAACGGCGGAAGAAUGGGAGGCCACCUACUCAUCAGAAGGUGAAAGCUGCGUCAGGAAGCUCGAGAGAAGUAGCGAUGGCCUGGUCCGCCCGUCUGGUCCAUGUGUCGUGGUAUCUCCAGAAAGCAAACUCGAAGGUCCCCUCGCCAUCUCCAAACUGGUAACAGGCUCUCCUGCACCCGAAGGAUCCCCAAUUUCUCGUCCUCAAAAUUGGCCACCAAUAGCCGGCAAGGUGUACAGGAGCGCAGGAGUCCUUAUGCGGAUACCAAGUGCUUCGGCAACUGAUUUUGAGGAGCGAUGGGCCAAAGCGAUGGAGGAGGUUGCAUCGACCGUGACAGGCGAAUUGUUCCCAGAGCCCCCACGGCCAGCUGCGAGACCUCACCAACUAGGCGAGACAGUCGCUUUAGCCUAUCGAUCUGCCAACACUUCCUCCUCUGAGAUUCAGGUCACAGUUCCAGAUCGACAACUCGUUGCAUCUGUCGUGCCUCGGUUCAUCAUCAUCCUCUACCUAAUCUUCAUAGUGCUGCUAGGCUCUCAGCUGUCGACGGCCACGCAGGUCCAUUCGCGGUACGGUUUGGCGGUGACGGGCAUCGUCCAAGUUUGCUGCUCCUCAAUCAUGUCGUACAGUGUGUUGUCGCUCUUAGGCCUGCAGAUUGGUACGGAUCCGCAAGCUGGAAGUUUGCCCAUGUACAUCCUUCCCUUUGUGGUGGUGGUCGUUGGAGCGGAGAACAUGGCGACUCUCACAAAGGCCGUCUUCUCUGUACCCUUCUCACAUUCUGUGCCAGCUCGCAUAGGUAUGGGACUGUCAAAAGUAGGACCAGGAAUCGCUUGGGCGUCCUUUACCGAUUUGUGCAUUCUCGCUCUGGUGUCAUUAUGCGUCAACGUGCGGCCAGUGACAGAGUUUUGCCGAUUCGCCUCCCUUGUCAUCAUCACGGACUGGUUCAUGCUGCACACGUUCUUCUUGACGGUCCUUUCUAUUGACGCGCAAAGACUCGAGCUCGCCGAUGUGCUGGCGAAUCCGGACGGAACCAGCCCAAGAGCCCGCUCUGCGUCCUCGGGCAGGCCACGUCGGUCCUUGUUGAGACGAUGGACAAGGGCUCGACGUAACAAAUCCGGCAGUCUCAUUAUCAUUCUCAUAUCCAUCGGUGCUAUCUACUACGUGACUGAGAGUCGCAGAUCUCCGGCCACAAUCGCUAGCCUGUACGGCUACACCCCUUCGGUCGCUUCCAUCCUCCCAAAAACCACCCCAUUCAUCACCUCAGCCCAUCAACUAUUCCACCUCACGCCAUCAGAACAGCUUUGGCGAAGCUUGAAUCCCAUGAACCUCGCUCACAUCAAGAUGUCUGUACCGAGGGCAUCACUUAUCAUCCUUCCAAAAGUUGGACACAAAAUGCAACCAGCAGGCCUGCGGAGACUACAACUACCAACCUCGCGAAUCCUUCUGCCUCGCCUUAAACCCAUUUUUUACCUCUUCAAGGUCGUCAUUCUUCCGCAAGCAGUCACAGCUGGAACUUUGUACGGACUCCUGCUGUAUCUACUGAAGGACUCCCAGCUGCUAGAUUCACAACGACAUGCUCUGGGAAGAGUCGAUCCACCUGCUGGAGAACAAAGUGGCACGGAGGCGCUCGAUUCCGGCGCCGUCAUCGAUAUUCUGCCCUGCAGUCAUGCGGUCGAUGUGGAUCGGAUCGGCGUGACUUCAGAUGGCAAAUUAGCGUUGUCCAUCGAUGGGGACAACACCCUGUUCUUAUGGCGUUUUGGACAGUUGGGCACCGGUACCAGGGAGACAUUAUCGACGUCGGAAAUCAAGGACGAUCCCAUCGUCGCUUGUCUUCUGAAUCACGAUUGGGCUAUCCUCGGUUCUCAGCGCGGUUACUUAUACGUUUGGAAGAUCGGGGAGAGCGGACCUGCGAGAGCUCUCCAGCCCAUCCCGAUGGGCGAAGAUGAUUUACGCAUUUCCGCUAUGUCUUGGGGAGCUGCUUCGCCGACCGACCCAUUUCAGCACCCUGGUCCCACGGGUAGCCUACCAACCAUACUGGUGGCGAUGAACGAUGGCAGCGUGAUCUCAAAGGGUCUGUCUGACGCCGUCUCAAAAGUGGUUGUGCCGCCGUGCGGUGGAGAGAACCGGGUCAGGACCUCCUUUCUCAAUCCUCUCCCGGAUCUUCAGAUAAUUAUCUCGGCAGGACACACCCUCACCAAAAUGCACACUCCAGCCGCCGAAUCUUGGAUUUCUCGCGACAUCGCCGUAUCCGACGAUCCUGCCGACCGACUUGAAUGCGUGGCAGCUUGUCCAAACGGACUGGCUUUCGCAUUCCGAUCGGGAUUGAUUCAGAUCAGAGAUCUGGACGGUAAUCCGAUGUAUCAUUUCAGAUUGCCGUUAGAAUCUCUAGUUCCUCCGAAAAUUUGCAGGAUCGAACUGGCCGCUCCAAACUCUUCAAAAUGUUCCACCUGUGGCUCGAUCACAAACAAAUCGUUGUUCACGCUUGUCUCAACAGCCGACCAGGUCAUUGUUCAUCAUGCGGCCCCCCGCGGUCAUUCGUUAUGCAAGUGUUCUCGAGAUACCAUGUCAGAUGGAAAGCUUGGCAUACCACCGCGUCGAAGUCCCUUGACUACGCCGCAAUCGCCUCCACUUCUCUUGCCAUCGUUGUCUAAUGACAGCGCGGCGACCUCUCUUUCUCACCGAGCCCGGCGGCCAUCCUCCAUGGGUCGGGAGAACUCCUAUAAUGGUCAUGCGGCAGUCCAGGAUGACUUUGACCACCAGAUCCUUGGGAAGAUCACGACGCGAGGGGGAGGACGUUGCUGGCGAGUCGGAUCACAGAAGGCAGUCGGAUUAAGACGGUCUGGGAAUGGCAUCGAUGAACGAUCAUGGGAAAUUUGGACUCUGGAUCUCGGCCAGCCAUGGAAUGGUCGAAAUUUGCUCGUCAAACAAUCGGCAUUUGGCCAAUUAUUGCGCCAUACCGAGACUCGGCAGUCUGACCAGGAUGCAAUGCGGAUGCAAAGGGACGAGAGACAACUUGCGCUGAAUGGACAGGUCCCGUUCCCAAGCUUGACUAUCGACGCAACGGCCCAAACCGGUCUAGCUUUCGUGGAUAUCCGCACAUGCGCGAAGAGUAAGAGCGGGAUGUUAGUUGGCAUGGGCAACCGAAUCGCAGUACUUGAGACUGGGGAAAUUCCCGAAACGUCCCGAAGAGGCUCGACGCUUGGGAUCGCUCUUACUCCGCCUCCGCCGAAGAGGGAAUUGGAGAGCAAGAAAACGACUUGAGAGUCACAAAUAGACGCUAUUCGUUCAAAUACAUAAUAUUGUAUGCACCUACGCUGUGGGAGAACAGCUGAACGCAUCGCAGGAUGUCACGAAAUCCGAGAUUGGCUCUGGGCUGACUGUCUGAUGUGUUCCAGCAUCACAACGCACUGAUCGCUCGACCUGCGUUACCAGCUCACCCCACUGCCGUGUGUAUUACUUCCAUCGAC